AUGACCUCUACGCCGCAACCCAUGCCCGCACCCACGCGUGCAUCCACGAAGGAUGGUGCCGGAAACAGCAGCCUCGGCACGUUCGGGGUGAAGUCUGGUCUGGCGCAGAUGCUCAAAGGCGGUGUGAUCAUGGACGUGGUCAACGCUGAGCAAGCGCGGAUAGCUGAGGAGGCAGGCGCGUGCGCCGUUAUGGCCCUCGAGCGCGUACCAGCCGAUAUCCGCGCGCAAGGCGGUGUCGCGCGUAUGAGUGACCCGAAGAUGAUCAAAGAGAUCGUCGACGCCGUUACGAUCCCCGUAAUGGCCAAAGUCCGCAUCGGGCACUUCGUAGAGGCUCAGAUCCUGCAAAGUAUCGGGAUAGACUACAUCGACGAGUCGGAGGUUCUUACUCCUGCUGACGAGGAGUUCCACAUCAACAAGCAUCAGUUCAAAGUUCCAUUCGUUUGUGGCGCGCGGAACCUUGGCGAGGCUUUACGGCGUAUAUCCGAGGGCGCUGCAUUCAUUCGCACGAAGGGUGAGGCGGGUACGGGGAACGUUGUAGAGGCCGUCAGACAUCAACGUGCUGUGAGCAGUGCGAUCCGGAAGAUCACGGUGAUGAACGAGGAGGAGCUGUACGCAUACGCAAAGGAGAUCCAGGCGCCCUUCCACCUCUUGAAGGAGACCGCGAGGUUGAAGAGGUUACCCGUUGUGAAUUUCGCCGCGGGCGGUGUCGCGACGCCCGCGGAUGCCGCGCUGAUGAUGCAGCUCGGGUGUGACGGCGUAUUCGUCGGCUCGGGGAUCUUCCACUCCGGGGACCCCGCCAAGCGCGCAAAGGCAAUUGUACAGGCUGUUACGCACUACAACAAUGCAAAGAUGUUGGCGGAGAUCUCGGAGGACCUCGGGGAGGCCAUGGUGGGCUUGACUAUCACCGAUGACAUGAAGGGUGGACGUUUGGCGAGCCGCGGAUGGUAG